CCGCCCUUCCACCUCCAAUCACGUAUGUAUGCGCCUGUUUUUCCUCUUUCGCAUCCAACCUUGGAACCUUUUCCUCCUCGUCACUCUUUCCAUAUCACUUUUUAGUUUUAUACUCACCCUCAACUCACCUUUCUCCAGCACCAAGGUGUUUUUUUCUUUCAACUACACUCUCUUCAUAUACUUUUUAAACAACAAUCGUUUCUUGGCCUCUUGGCCUAUUCUCGUCUCUCCCUCAGGAUAAUAUAUUUGAAAAAGCUAACCUACUUGGUGAUACUUGCGAAAAGUGGUACAAUCGACUCCCGCGAACAGGACAUUUAUUAAAGAACCCAAACGUCUAAAUCCCUAUCAAAAAGAACAACAAACAUCGAAUCGCAAUGUUCUUCAACUCUGCGCUCGUCGCCUUGGGCGGCGCGACCCUAGCGGCCGCUGUCAACCCUCUCGAAGUUCAGGGUAACCAGUUCGUCGAUUCCAAGACUGGUAAUGCGUUCCAAAUCGUGGGAAUGGCUUAUCAGAUUGGUGGAAGUGCCGGCUACGACCCAAGUCACGGCAAGGAUCCCCUUUCCAACGCUGACAUCUGCAAGCGAGAUGCUGCUCUGAUGCAGGAGUUGGGCGCAAACUCUAUCCGUGUCUACAACUUGGACCCCAACUUGAACCACGACGAAUGCGCCAGCAUCUUCAACGCUGCGGGCAUGUACAUGAUUAUCGAUGUGAACUCACCCCUGGUUGGGGAGUCUCUUGGUAGUGACAAGCCGUGGGAGUCUUACUACACCGCAUAUCUCAACCGCACCUUUGCUAUCGUGGAGGCAUUUAAAUCUUACCCUAACACCCUAGCCUUCUUCUCCGGCAACGAAGUCAUCCAGAGCGUGGACUCGGCCAAGUUCGUACCUCCUUACGUUCGUGCCGUGACCCGUGACCUUAAGAACUACGUCAAGAACCAUGCCGACCGGGCUAUUCCUGUUGGAUAUUCGGCUGCCGAUGUUCGUUCCGUUCUCGAGGAUACCUGGAACUACUUCCAGUGCGCCAUCGACGGCGACGAGAACGACAUGUCCCGAGCUGAUAUCUUCGCUCUGAACAGCUACUCGUGGUGCGGUGACAGCAGCUUCGAAGAAUCUGGUUACAAUACGCUUGUCGACCUGUUCAAGACCAGCUCCGUCCCCGUCUUUUACUCCGAGUUCGGAUGCAACACUCCCUCGCCCCGUGUCUUCACCGAAAUUGAGACCAUCUACAGCGAUAAGAUGACUGGUGUCUUCUCCGGUGGUGUUGUCUACGAAUAUGCUCAGGAAGCCAACAACUACGGUCUCGCUGAAUGCAACGACGACGGAACCGUCAACCUCCUAUCUGACUUCGCCACUCUCCAGAGCCAGUACAAGAAGGUCGACUUCAGCAAGGUCCAGAACGUUAAAGCCACCGGAGCUAAAGUGACGGCCCCGGAGUGCAAGGCUAGCUUGAUCAAGGAAGACGGAUUCAACAACAACUUCACCCUCCCCGUCCCUCCCCCCGGAGCUCAGGAGCUCAUCGACGAUGGUAUCUCGCCUAAGCCUGUGGGCCAAAUCGUCGAGAUUACUGACUACACUGUCAACCACGUGGUCAAGAAUGCCGACGGCACUACUCUCAGCAACCUUGCCGUUAAGCCCCUUUCCGAGGGCGAGAUCAACACCCCCGGAACCACUAGCUCUUCUUCUUCAACCAGUUCAUCCGGUAGCUCCGACUCGACUGAAAAUGCCGCGCCUACCUCAGGACCCCAAGGCGCCCUCUCUGCCGCUGUCAUGAUCAUCCCGGCUAUUGUGGCCUUGUCAAUGACAGCAGGCUUCACCCUGAUCUAGGUGAUUGGUUGAAAAGUCACUGAAUAAUGACGUUUUGUGUUCCGCGCAGAAAUAGUGGUGGAGUAUGAUGGUGUUUAUAAUGUGCUUUAUUCCCCCCCCUUGUAAUCGAUGUUUUCCGUCGCGCGGCACUAGGAUUCAGGGCUUCUUUGUAUCUUACGUUAGAUGUGCGCUUUUGUGCAGUACAUAGAAGUCAAACUUUGGCAUCUCUUUUUAUGAUACCGCCGAAUUUUUGUGAGAUGACUUUCCGGGCAUUGAUUCUGUGGUGAAGUUUUCUGUUGUGGAAUGAAGUAGAGUGUCGUCGGCAGCUUUGCAGACUUGGGCUGCCAGAUUUCUUAACUGUGAUAGACUACGAUAGAAUAAUAAUUGUCCCUACUUUGAUACCUCCCUAUUAUAUUCCAGCUUGAUGAUUUCGUUUAUACGUAGC